AUGAAGAGUGCAUUCAAUGGAACACCCCGGAGACCCUGCCCUAUUCCAGUUACCCUCGACAUCGAGAUGAAGGAACUGACUCUAACUGAUCCUACUUCUCCUCCACCUCCAACCACACCUCCACCUCGUCUUUCUAGACCCCACCUUCAACCCAACGGAUCCGAACCUAAAACCCCUACCACUCCUACCAUACCACCUAAACUCUCUGGUCCCCAUCGACCUAAACCAUCAUCCCCCUCAGACCAGGUCUUUACCUCACCGACCUCCCCCUCUCUCCUGGCCUUCUCUUCUCUAUCACUGCAGUCACCUACUCGACCCAGAAGAUCAGAGCGGAUUAGACGGAGAACACGGGGGAUUUCUUCAGAGCAGGAGGAGGAGCUGAAUCAAUACUUCCUGAGGAGCAAACACUUUGGAUCUGGGUCCCGGAGACAGGUUGCCAAGAUGGUUGGGAUCAAGGAGUCUACUGUGUUCCAGUGGUUCAUCACCAAGAAGAAAGCUUGA